GGACACUCCCAGUGCUGCGCCCCCCGUCCCCUCGGUGCCCACCUUGGAUGGCGCGGGUGGUGGGUGCCCAGUGCUCGUGGGUGGUGAGGAGCUGGCAGACGCGACCCUCGGGGUCCACGCCGGGGUGGUAGAUGGGGGUGCGGAGGGUGGCACGGGGGGGCUCCAGCGGGUGCCGCGGGGAGAAGGUCAGCUCGAAGCGGAAGGCACCCACGUUGUACGGGGGCGUGUUCUGCCGGGGUAGGGAGGGCACCUCAGCCCCUCAAGCCACAGCAUCAUCUGUCGGGGGAAUCCCUGUCCAGCCCUGAUAUACCCAGUGCCUCCCGUGGAGAAACACCAUCACCCACCCCCCGGCAGCCCCUCAGGAGGGGAACCUCCCCCCAGUGUCCCCAGCCCAGGGCCCCAGGCUGUCCCCCAGUAGUGCCCCCAGAGGGACCCUCCCCAAUUCUACCCUGAAAGGGACCCUCACUCAGUGUCCCCAGGAGACACCCCAUGCCCCCGGGUCCCAAGGGUUACCCCCAACACCCCCCAUGCCCUCAUGGGCCCAUCUCCCCUCCAGGGCCCCUGUGCCCCCGUAGUUCCCCCAUGCCCCCGACGCCCGGGGGACCCCACACACCCCCCCAGCCCCUCGCUGCCCAGGACUCCCCCACAGCCCCCCGUGCUCCUCGUCACUCACGGGCAGCAGGAGCCCUUCCCAGCGCCGUACGUUCCGGUCCAGCGGCCGCACGUCUCGGGCCCCCUCCCAGCCCCGCACCUCCUCCAGCUCCUGCGGGACGGGCGAGGGGUGGCUGGGGCCGUCCGGGACACGCCUCCAGGGACGGGGCAGCACCCCAAAACACCCCUCCGCAGGCUCGUCCUGGGCGGGGCAGCACGUGGGACACACCUCGAUGGGCGGGGAUUCCCCAUGGACCACGCCUUUGUGGGCGGUGGUUUCCAUGGAAUACGCCCUUAUGGGCGGGGGGGUCUCCUUCAUGGACGCGCCUCUUGGGUGCGGCCACUACAGACCACGCCCUGACGCGGAACGGUCCCCGCCGGGGAAACGAAACCGGAGUGCGCAGGGAGGGUUUGGCACCCCCGGCACCGAAAACCCUCCACGCCGGCAGGGCCGGAGCCGGCCAGAUCCCCCCCCGGCGCCCGCUGGACACGCAGGGACCGACCCACCGGGCACCCAGGAUGCCCACCAUGACACUCUGGCUGCCCCUGGCGUGGCUGGUGGCCACAGCCACGGCCACUGUCAGCCCGGUGCCCAGUCUGGAGGCCUCUCCCAGCGGAUCGAAGCUGCUCACACAGCCCCCGACACCGCCAGUGCCCCCCCAUCCUGCCACGGCCCCCCCGCAGGACGUGGGGGCACCUGUCCUGCCUAUACCCACCCCCCAUGCCCACCCCGAGGGGCUGCCUGGCUGGAAUGCCCUUCAGGGGGCCACGGAUGCCCCUGGGCCCACAGAACCUGAGGGAGCCUCUGAGGAGCCGGGAACCACAGCCUACGGGACCACGGCUGUGCCCACACCUGGCACCACUCAGGGACCCCCAGGCACCACCGCCCCGCCGUGCCCCGGGGACGAGGAGCCGGCCGAGGCCUGCGGGGAGCCCACGGGGGAGCAGCGGGCGGCCGUGGCCGAGGCGCUGGGCACCUUCGCCCUCCGCUUCUACCAGCGCAUGGCCGAGGCUGCCCGGCCCGACGCCAACCUGCUCUUCUCCCCCAUCAACAUCGCCACAGGGCUCUCGCACCUGCUGCUGGGUGAGGGGCCGCCCGCGAGCACCGGCACUGCCCUGGGCACCGCCUGUGUCCCCCGGGGCUGUCCCACCCGGGGCACCUCACCCAGCUUCCCCUGUGCCCGCAGGCGCCCGCGGCGAGACCCGCGAGCGGCUGGGCACCCUCCUGGCGUACCCGCCGGGGCUGGGCUGCGUGCACGGCGCCCUGCAGCAGCUGGCCGGCUCGCCCGGCCUCUUCUCGACCGCCCAGAUCUUCCACCACCCAGAGCUGCGCCUCCGGCCCCGCUUCCUCAACGACUCUCUGCGCUUCUACGGCGCCCGCCCGCGCGCCCUGAGCGGCAACGAGAGCCUGGACCUGCAGAGCAUCAACGCCUGGGUGCGGGAGGCCAGCGAGGGGCUACUGCCCGCCCUGCUGCCCGCGCUGCCCCCGCAGCCCCGCCUGCUGCUGCUCGGCGCCGUCCACCUUCGCGCCGCCUGGCGCACGCCCCUGGACCCCGAGCAGACGGUGCCGCUGCCCUUCCUGCGCCCCGGGCGCCCCCCAGUCGAGGUGCCCACCAUGACCAGCACCAAGUACCCGGUGGCCUCGUUCACCGACUCCCGCCUGCAGGUCCAGGUGGGGAGGCUGGAGCUGAGCGAUGGGCUGAGCCUGGUGGUGCUGCUGCCACGGGGGCCCCUGGGGGCGCUGGAGACCCUGGAGCGGUCACUGGACCCCCCCACCUUCCUGGCCCUGCUGCGGCGGGCGGCCCAGACGCCCCCUCGGGCCACCGCGCUGGCCCUGCCCCGGAUGCACCUCGACCUCGCCCUGGACGUGGUGCCCCUGGUCCACGACAUGGACUUCGGGCUGUUCCUGGACGCGGAGCUGUGCGGGCUGGCGGAGGGCCCGGCCGCGGUGGACGAGGCGCGGCACCGGGCGGUGCUGGCGCUGGACGAGGCCGGCGUGGAGGCGGCGGCUGCCAUGGCCACCUCGGUGGCGCGCUCGGCGCUGGUGCUGGAGGCGCUGCGCCCCUUCCUCUUCGUCCUCUGGCACGACGCCGGCGAGGUGCCCGUCUUCAUGGGCCGCCUCAGCGACCCCCGUCCCUGACCCUGCCCCUCCCGUCCCCGCCCUCCCUCCUCUCACCCCUCCGUCCUUCCCUCCUGCCUCCUCCUCGCCCUCCUCCCUCCAUCCCUGCCUUCUCCUCUCCCUCCGUCCCUCCCUCUCUCUCUCCCUUACCCCUUUCCUCUCUCCCUCUCUCCAUCCCUUGUCCCUCCUUCCACUCCUCCCUUCCUCCCUCCGCCCAUCCAACCACCGUCCAGCUCCAUCCUUCCCUCCUUUCCCUCCCUCCCUCCCUGCUUCCUCCCUCUCUCCCUCCAGUUCUCCCUCCCUCUUUCCCCCCUCCCCCCUCAUCUCCCCGCUUUCCCUGUCCAUCUCCCCACCCUUCCCCCGCCCCAGUUCCCCAGGGUACCAGAGGGUCCCUGCUCCUCCCGCGCCUCAGUUUCCCCACCAGCUCGGGGUCCCAAUAAAGAUUCCGAGCCCCUCA